UAAAUAAAUACUGCAUUUAUUUAUUUAUUUAUUUAUCUUCUGGAGAGAGAGAGAGAAGUGGUUGUUGUUGCCGACGCGUCUGUGUUCUCUCUAUCCUUGCAAUGGUCUUUUGAUCUUAAAUCUAGUUAUCAUCCACGAGCUAGCUCCCUUGAGCUGAAGAUUUCUAGAGCUACGAUACUGUGACUGUGAUCUGAUAGAUAAUCAUGGCUACCGCUGGAAACAAGACCAUUAACGCCAAAUUGGUGUUACUUGGAGAUGUUGGCGCUGGGAAAUCCAGUCUUGUCUUACGGUUUGUUAAAGAUCAGUUUGUUGAGUUCCAGGAAUCAACCAUAGGUGCAGCCUUUUUCUCACAAACAUUAGCUGUGAACGAUGCGACUGUUAAGUUUGAGAUAUGGGAUACAGCGGGUCAGGAACGGUACCAUAGCUUGGCUCCAAUGUACUACAGGGGUGCUGCUGCUGCUAUCAUUGUCUUUGACGUUACUAAUCAAGCCUCGUUUGAGAGGGCAAAGAAAUGGGUUCAGGAACUGCAAGCGCAAGGUAACGCUAAUAUGGUCAUGGCCCUUGCUGGAAACAAAUCUGAUUUAUUAGAUGCAAGGAAGGUUUCCGCAGAGGAGGCGCAAACAUAUGCUCAGGAGAACGGUCUUUUCUUCAUGGAAACUUCAGCCAAAACCGCUGCUAAUGUCAAAGAGAUAUUCUAUGAAAUUGCAAGAAGGUUACCGAGAGUGCAACCUACAGAAAACCCAACAGGAAUGGUUCUACCAGAUAGGGCCAUGGAUAGGGCAGUGAGUUCAUCUUGUUGUGCUUAGUUAUAUGUAAUGGAAUACACUUCCCUUAAAGGGGACCUUCUGGUCAGUCAAUAUUGAUUUAUGGACUUCUGUGUUUUGAAUAUCUUUGUUUUGUUUUGCUUGUGUGAACAUUCAAUUUACCAAUUAAAAAGGGUUGUACA